AUGAAGCCGCCCGGCAGCAGCUCCUGGCGGCCGCCCCUGGCGGGCUGCAGCCUGGCCGGCGCCUCCCGCGGCCCCCGCGGCGGCCCCUCCGGCCCGGUACCGGCCCGCGCCCCGGCCCGCGCGCCGCCCGGCCGCCUGCUCCUCGUCCUUCUCCUGCUGCCUGCGCUCGCCGCCUCAUCCCGGCCCCGCGCCCGGGGGGCUGCGGCGCCCAGCGCUCCGCAUUGGAAUGAAACUGCAGAAAAAAACCUGAGAGUCCUGGUAGAUGAAGACAACCCAGUGCAACAGAACAGCAGCAGUAAUAUCAGUUACAGCAAUGUAAUGCAGAAAGAAAUCACACUGCCUUCAAGACUCAUAUAUUACAUCAACCAAGACUCAGAGAGCCCUUAUCAUGUUCUUGAUACAAAGGCAAGACACCAGCACAAACAUAAUAAGGCUGUCCAUCUGGCCCAGGCAAGCUUCCAGAUUGAAGCCUUUGGUUCCAAAUUCAUUCUUGACCUCAUAUUGAACAAUGGUUUGCUGUCUUCUGAUUAUGUGGAGAUUCACUAUGAAGAUGGGAAACCACAGUACUCUAAGGGUGGAGAACACUGUUACUACCAUGGAAGCAUCAGAGGUGUCAAGGACUCCAAGGUGGCCAUGUCAACCUGCAAUGGACUCCAUGGUAUGUUUGAAGAUAGCACCUAUGUGUACAUGAUAGAGCCAUUGGACCUGAUUCAUGAUGAGAAAAGCACUGGCCGGCCCCAUGUAAUCCAGAAAACCCUGGCAGGACAAUAUUCUACACAGUUGAAGAAUCUCAGUAUGGACAGCGGAGACCAGUGGCCUCUACUGUCCGAGUUACAGUGGCUGAAGAGGAGGAAGAGAGCUGUGAAUCCAUCUCGGGGUGUGUUUGAAGAAAUGAAAUAUUUGGAACUUAUGAUUGUUAAUGAUCACAAGACGUAUAAGAAACACCGCUCUUCUCAUGCACAUACCAACAACUUCGCAAAGUCCGUGGUCAACCUUGUAGAUUCUAUUUACAAGGAGCAGCUCAACACCAGGGUUGUCCUGGUGGCUGUAGAGACCUGGACUGAGAAGGAUCACAUUGACAUCACCAACAGCCCUGUACAGAUGCUCCACGAGUUCGCCAAAUACCGGCAGCGCAUCAAGCAGCAUGCCGAUGCUGUGCACCUCAUCUCGCGCGUGACAUUCCACUAUAAGAGAAGUAGUCUGAGUUUCUUUGGAGGUGUCUGUUCUCGCACAAGAGGUGUUGGUGUGAAUGAGUAUGGUCUUCCAAUGGCAGUGGCACAAGUGUUAUCACAGAGCCUGGCUCAAAACCUCGGAAUCCAAUGGGAACCUUCUAGCAGAAAGCUGAAGUGUGACUGCACAGAAUCCUGGGGUGGCUGCAUAAUGGAGGAAACGGGGGUAUCACAUUCCAGAAAGUUCUCAAAGUGCAGCAUUUUGGAAUAUAGAGACUUUCUACAGAGAGGGGGUGGAGCAUGCCUUUUCAACAGACCAACAAAGCUGUUUGAGCCCACAGAAUGUGGAAAUGGAUAUGUGGAAGCUGGAGAGGAGUGUGAUUGUGGUUUUCAUGUGGAAUGCUACGGACUGUGUUGUAAGAAGUGCUCACUCUCCAAUGGGGCCCACUGCAGUGACGGCCCCUGCUGUAAUAAUACCUCCUGCCUUUUUCAGCCACGAGGGUAUGAAUGUCGAGAUGCUGUCAAUAGCUGUGAUAUUACUGAGUAUUGUACUGGAGACUCUGGCCAGUGUCCACCAAAUCUUCAUAAACAAGAUGGCUAUGCCUGCAAUCAAAAUCAGGGUCGCUGCUACAAUGGCGAGUGCAAGACCAGGGACAACCAGUGUCAAUACAUCUGGGGAACAAAGGCUGCAGGAUCUGACAAGUUCUGCUAUGAAAAGCUGAAUACCGAAGGCACUGAGAAGGGAAACUGUGGGAAGGAUGGAGACCGCUGGAUCCAAUGUAGCAAACAUGAUGUAUUCUGUGGAUUUUUACUCUGUACCAACCUUACUCGAGCUCCACGUAUUGGUCAACUUCAAGGAGAGAUCAUACCAACCUCCUUCUACCAUCAAGGCCGAGUAAUUGACUGCAGUGGUGCUCAUGUAGUUUUAGAUGAUGAUACAGAUGUUGGCUAUGUAGAAGAUGGAACACCAUGUGGCCCGUCCAUGAUGUGUUUAGAUCGGAAGUGCCUACAGAUUCAAGCCCUUAAUAUGAGCAGCUGCCCACUUGAUUCCAAGGGUAAAGUCUGUUCAGGCCAUGGGGUGUGUAGUAAUGAAGCCACUUGCAUCUGUGAUUUCACCUGGGCAGGGACAGAUUGCAGUAUCCGGGAUCCAGUUAGGAACCCUCACCCCCCCAAGGAUGAAGGCCCCAAGGGUCCUAGUGCCACCAAUCUCAUAAUAGGCUCCAUCGCUGGUGCCAUCCUGGUAGCAGCUAUUGUCCUUGGGGGCACAGGCUGGGGAUUUAAAAAUGUCAAGAAGAGGAGGUUCGAUCCUACUCAGCAAGGCCCCAUCUGAAUCAACCACACUGGAUGAAUACCACCUUGAGCUAUGGGGUUGUGGGUAUGAAGUACUCACGGCCACAUUGCCGGAACUUUUCUAUCUGUAAACAAAACCACUGGCUGGUAAUGACAACAGAGCUCCAGUUGGGGUGUUGGGGAUGGGAGUAAAAGAAAACUGUCCCUUUGGAAAUAACUUCAAAGACCCCCCCCCCACCACCACUCAAUAAAAGUGAGGAAGGGGUAAAAGACCUUGUUCUACAAAUAACUUUGGAAUUCUAUGUUUUCCCUAACUAAAGGAGAAACAUCAGCAACAAAUAAGUGCAAUAAAAAAUCCAUUAAAAAUAGCAAAUGAUUGCCCCUGCCCCAAGCCUGCUGGCACUUAAUAUCUUCUAAAUGAUUUGGCAUGUUUUGUUUUUUUUUUCUCUUACUACCAAUGACAAACUCCAGUGGCAUGAAGAUCUAAUUUUCGAAAGGGUAAAACCUGCAUGGCAUAUAUACAACAACAGCUAGCAAGCCAAUCCUCAGCAAAACCUGCAGUGGAAUUCCUAAGGGGAAGACAUCAGAUGGGCACAGAAGCUGCCUGGGCUUGGGUAAUACCUCCCCAUGCUCCAAUCCCUAAGUUUCCCCUCCCCUUUGCCUACUAAGAGCCCCACUCCCCUUCUAGACCAGCCCAGGGCAGAACUAGCCAGGAAUGUGUUCUUGUUAAUUCAUUAUUUUUCACCCCCUUGGACUAAGUAUCCUUUGGAAAUGGAAGCUGGAAUUUGAACAAUGAUGCUAUUGUAUAAUUCUUUUAUAAAUGUAAAUAUGGAAAUAAGAGAUUUUGACAGAUCAUUUUCACUCGUCUGUAUUGAAAUCCUUUUCUUGUAAAGGUUCUCUGUAAAGUUGAGUUUGUUGCUUGCUCCCCAUCUGUUUUUGUUGUUGUUUCUUUUGUUUCAUUCUUUCUUUUGCCCUUCGUUCUUGUAAUAUAUCCAGUGAUUUCUGGGCUUGCUUAAAAAGAUAGGCAUAGCCACAGAUGCAGGGGAAUUUGGGCACAAAACAGAUGCGAUUUAGAGUUAGUAUGCUUGAAGCCAAAACUAAACAAAGGGGAGUGUGAUGGACACAAAAAAUAACCCAUAUGAAAACCACAAAACUAUGUAAAUGAAAAUAUAUAUGUACCGACAAGUGUAAAAUUUUUUGAUGUCGUCAUAUGUAUAUAAUGUAAGAAAGUAGACACCCUCUCAAAUUAAUCACAAAAGUGCCAAGCUCAUGAUUUCAGUUUUUUUGUUUUGACAAUUUUCUUUCCCUGUCUUCAAUGUGAAAGGAGGAUAAACUUUAAGCCUUAAAUAAAAAAAAUAAUCUUUAAAUGUUGAAAGCUUGGGGAAAAGUUAAGCUUUCCAUUUUAUUCACAUCACUGUUCACUUGUUCAUUCAUGUCUCACCUUCCUGCCUCAGAAUCUGUAUGACAGAACCUCAUCGCGAAGGUGUUAUGGGAACAGAGUGGCAGUCGACCCUGUUCUUUCAGGUUCUAAUUCUGUGUGGUGGUUUCAGGAAACCUUUCUUAGCCUCUGUGUUUUUCUGAUCCAUGAGUUACUGUGUUGGGUUCCAGUGGGAUUCUGUUCUCUACAGAUUCACAUUGUACUUUUCCCUUCCCACAGAUUUGCAGACCAAAUCUUGGAGUUCCCAAGUCCCUCUGAGUUUCCUUUAUGUUCACCCAUUUCUUCGGUUCUUGAUCAAGAUAGCUUCUGCUCAAGUGUAAGCUAGCAAGUUGAUAAAGGAAUUUGGUUCCAACUUUGUUUUGAAUGCACAAACUUAUACAUGGUCACUUGGGUGAGCAUCCAUCUAGGGAUAAACUUUACUAAAGGCCUUCCCAAAGCCCCUAUUUCUCAUUGUCCUUUUUUUUUUUUUUUUUUGGAGCAAGACAUGCCCUUGCACUAUGCACUUCUUUCUGGUACUGAAUUCAGUUGCUAGAUUUAGCUCUAAGGUCCUUUUCAGCAAGAUUCAUGACUUCAGUUUUGCCAUUUUUUUUCUUUGACCUUGGGAAGGAUGAUCUAAAAAGGUCCUGUGUAAAAUGAUGUCAUUACCCAGAGUUUCUUUGAGAUUGAAAGUUUCACAGUCACAGAGCAGAAAUCACCAUUUCUGUAUGCUGCCAUAAACCAGAAACUGAUCAUCUAUCAUCUCAUUUCUGUUUUGCUUUCUGAGUAAUAGGUGCUACACAGGUGUGCAGUUUCUCUCUAGAACUUGCUCUAUGUUUCCAUUGUAAUAGGGCAACACCAGAUGCAAGACACGGGUUGUAUCCCUUCAUUUAAUGGCCAUGGCCCUUUUUGCUUGGAGGAAAGUUGGAGGAAACUCAGAUGACUUGGUAUCUUUUCCUGUUGCUUUAUCGUUUCAUGGGUCCUCUUCACUCAGAGUUGACCUGCUGCUAGCUGCACCAUACACAUUUCACUAGUUUUCCAGAGGCACCAUGGUGACUUAAUAGACACAAAACAAGGCUGGUUACAAAAAAAAAUCUCUAUUGUUAACUUUUGAGCAUUUCACAAACAACAUUGUAAACGUGCGAUGUUAUGUUUUAAAUCAGACCACAGUGGUCCCCAAAUAUUAUGUACAUAUGGCAAAUAUAAGUGUAACUUUUUGUUACACUAGUAAUUUCAUAGGUAACAAAACCUAUGCUCCAAUGUUAAAUUAUCUGUGUAUAUGUAAACUACACAAGCUUUAAGCUAUGUGUGUAUGAAUAUGAAAGAUAAUGUAACCACAUCAUAAACAAUGGGUUAUGAUUCUUUUCGGUGGCAUUAGGUUAUGUAGUUUCAAACUCUUGCACAUAUCAUGUAUUUGCUGAUUUUUUUUUUGGUGUGGUGUAAAUACUCCUUCUUACUAACUUGAGCUCAAAGCACAAGCAUAUCACUCUGUUUAGUGUUACCCAACAAGAGUGUUAAGUGAUGACCAAGUUCCCAUUUCACCUGCUAUACUUUUGCUGCGAUAAUGAAUGACACCUGGAUGAGGAGUUGUGCACUAACUUCAUUGCUCACCCAGGAUAGUGCAUGAGCCCAGUGGAUUAGAGCUACUCCCACUAGAUAAAUGAGCAGAAUCCAUAGGUGCAUGUUACGCCACAUGAAUCACAUAGAGCUGUGGAGUUUUGCCAAGUGAUGUGUGUGGUUUUGUUUUUGUUUUUCACUAUGCAAAGAUGGGAAAUGCACAAACUUUCAAAGACUAAUGUCUGAAGAACUUUACACACAAUACUUGAAUUAUUUCUUUCGUCAUCCCAUCCCGUUUUAUAAUCAUUGCUGCUUCCAUUGUUAAUUUUCAUUUUGAAAUGGUAUGUAACUUUAUUUAAGUGCAUAAUCUGCAGCUUUGUUUGGAGUUAUUAAAUUCACUCAUAUCUUGUUGGCUGCCAAUGAAUGGAGAUAUAGUAGUCAUUGUAUGCAUCUUUUAGUCAAAUGUAUAUUGAAUUUUUUGUUAUGUAGAAUGUUGUAGCUUUAUGGUUUGAUUAUUUUAUUUCUUAAACCCUUUUUCUGUGUUCUCUUGCAUUGUUGAUUAACUGGCCAUGUGCCUGGUAUCAUUAAUUUUAAAAUCAGUUUCAGUCAAA